AUGUCGUUAAUUGACAAGAUUUCGUUGUCAUAUUCUAUGGAGGAUUUUCUGGGAUGGUCGGGAAAGGGGGAUGGCAUAUUCUCGGUCAGAUCUUGCAGACAUUCGUUAUAUGGUAACUCUGAAGGGAGUUUUGAGUGGAAGAAGUGGGCUUGGGAUGGUUUGGCCCCAUCGAGGGUUCAAACAUUUUUAUGGCAGAUUUGUCAUAAGAAGUUAGCAGUCAUAGUGGAAUUGAAGAAAAGGAGGAUUUCUUUAACGGAUGUUCUUUGUCCUUUAUGUCAUUCCCAGGAUGAAUCUAUAGCUCACUUGUUCUUAUCGUGCUCUGUUGCUUCGGAAUUGUGGUGUAAAUUUCUAAGGUUAUGGGAUAUCUCUAUUGUUUUGUCUCAUGAUCCUUCUUCUAUUCUUUGCUUGUGGUCGAAUCUUAAACAUAAUUCUAUUAUUUGGAGGUUCAUUGCGGCUAUCAUUUUCUGUUCGGAUUCAGACAGAUCUCUAGUAGGGGAUCCUACGCGGGCUGAUCAAUUUCACAUAAGUACUAGUACUAAGAAGGCUAUUGGUUGGUCUCAUCCACCAUCGGAUAUGUUCAAACUCAAUGUUGAUGGGGCAGUGACUGGAGAUGGGAUGCAUGGUGGUAUUGGUGGUGUUUUGAGUGACUUUCAACAGCUCUUUAGCUUCUUUCUCUUCUGCAGUAGGGCCUGCUGCAACCUGCCCCUAUUUUUCACUAAUUUGGUAGAGGAAAUUGGAGCUCUUGUUACUGCUAAGGGUGUCAUUCUUAGAUGGAUUCCUAGGAGUUGUAAUGUGGAGGCUGACAGGUUUCUUUGUGUUAGAUGA